CCCUGUCAUCAUUCACUACUCCAGAGCUGUGGACGAGUAACAUUCAACCAUGUGUAAGGGACUUGCAACACUUCCUGCAACAUGCUUGAAAAGUGCCAAAGACAUCAAGCACAAAAUCAGCUUUCUGCUCCAGAAGCCUGAACCUCAAACGACGGAUCAGAAACAGGCAAAAGAGAAGACUGGCAAUGCCGCCGCUGCUGCUGCUGCAAAGAGGUCAGAGGAAGCUGGGGUUCCUUCUGCAGCUGAAGUGGAAAAAUGGAAGGAGUCUUUCAGCAACGUGAUGAGCAGUGAAAUGGGUCGUGAAGUCUUCACCAGCUUCCUGAAGUCAGAGUUCAGUCAGGAGAACAUGGACUUCUGGGUCGCCUGUGAGGACUACAAGAAGACCGAUCCGUCCAAGCUUACAAGCAGAGCCAAGCAGAUCUACAAGCAGUAUGUCGAGGCAGACGCUCCCAACGAGGUCAACUUGGAUGCAGCAACCAGAGAAGAAACGCAGCAGAACGUGGAGAACGCCUGCCCGUCUUGUUUCGACGAAGCCCAGAAGAUGAUCUACACCUUGAUGGAGAAAGACUCGUAUCGGCGUUUCCUCCAGUCCAAACUGAUCAAAGACCUCUGUGAGUCACAGAAAAGUGCUGCUGAUGAGAAGAAGAAGAACUGUGAGCGUGCAGAGAGCAGGCAUGCUGUAACAGGAGGCGCUUAAAGACGACGGGGAGAGAGAAGACUUGAGAUGGUGCCAAAGAUGAAAAUAACUGAGAGGGCAGACGAUAGUUAACCUUUCUGUGUCCAGUGUUAAUAGAGUAGGAAAACUGUGGUUCAGAAGGUGACUUUAAAGGUAAAUGUGAAAUGUGAUUAAGCCUUUGUCCCUUGUAGUUUCUCCAUGUGACAUCGAUUCACAGAUGUACUUAGAGUAGAGUAAAUAAGGUUUGAUGUGCUAAUAUGCCCACUUCAGAGCAGCUUUUCCAUUUCUGCCUUACCAUGAAAUUCCAUGCAGUUACACAUUUAAAUGUUUACAUGGACUACUUGAAUGUCAAAUAGCUAUUGUUGAAUAUAUUAUUACUAUUAUUGUUAUUAUUUUGAGGUUGUGUAUUGCAGAAUAUUUUGAAGUGUUGCAUUAUAAAGCUCAGCUUUUGCUUGUCUGUUUGCAGAAUCAGGCAUAGUUUUACUGACACAAAUUACCAAAACUUCAACUUGUGAAAAUUGUUCAACAUCAAGCAAAAUGUCAUGUUCUAUAGGCUGUUUGCAAUCAUGUGAUCCAGAAUGUCUAGGGACCAGGAAGUGGAGGUUAGCCAUAAGGAAGAAUGGGAAUGGAGGAAAGUGGGACGAUCUAAAUGGACCUAUACGCUGCAAUCAUCAUAUAAAAUCGACAUAUAUUGAGUACAAUCCCUACACUUUACAAAAAUAUAUUGUUUUAGUUGAGCAGUUGAGCAGAUUUACCUGGUGUGAUGGUGAAAAAUAUCACAAAUUACUCAGUCCAGUCCUACGUCUCAGCAUACAGCAUCAUUUGUCAGAUGAAGGGCGACAAGAGUCGAGAGAGAGAGGCUAGCUGAACCCUUAACAAAAAAAAAUCCUCGAUUUGCAUCAACUAUCAACCUAGUAAAUCUUGUGAAGCAAGCGACCACGUGAUGAUGAGCCUGUCUUUCAAAACAUCUCUUUUAUAUUAGCUGCGGUAGCUAGCUCCUGUUUGUGUGCCAGUUUCUUUUCCUCCACCCUAUUUAAUCCGCACUUAAAAGCCAAACUGUUACCAAAUGAAGAGCCGUUUGGGAGCCAAACAGCUCCACUAAGCUGAGCCAAAUGAUCCAGACCUUUCUAAAGAGAUGAAUCCCCUGUCACAACAAGCACUGUACCAAACUGUAGUGAACCAAGCCAGACCACUUUGUGGAAACAGACCAAACAUUACUGUGAUGUGACAUAACUGUAUAGGCUUUAAACUGAGGCUUUUGCUUAUUCCCACCUGCAGUUGUGUUUAUUUUUGCAAUUUGAACAUUUGGCAUAUAGCUUAACUUACAGCCUUUUGUUAAUGUUUCUCUAUGCGGAAAUCACGUUGUGUCCCCUAAAGGGAGUUCUCUGCUGCUAUGUUAUGCCAAGUGUAAAGAACCUAACAGAAAGAUUUUCAUCAAAAGACUGUUUUCUCAAAAGAGCUACAGUUUUAGACACAAGUAAAUGGUAUUCUGCAGUUGUCAGUGUUGUGCUUUAACAGUCUCAUAAAGAAAAAAUAAGUUGAACAAAACAAAGCAAACCAAGGAAAACUACAGUUAACCAUUCUUUAAAAAUCGAGAUUCUAAAUCAGUCUGCAUUUUAGGCUCUCCUAGGGGGAUAAAGGUGUGAAAUGUCCUUCUGUGAGAUGAUUUCUGUCAGGUUCAGCAAAGUCUAAAACAUGCAGCUGUGUAGAUUUUUAAGCUACAUGGGGAGUUUGCACACCUGCUGCCUAUAAUACAGUAAUGGAGCUCUCAGUAAGCAGUGACUGUUUUAGAGUGCAGACUCACCUUCCAAACCUUUCUGGUUGAUCAAUGCAUUUCCACAGCAAACACUCUGGUCGAAGUGCAGCUCUCCUCAGCCCACUGCUACCAAAACAAUUUCAGCUAGUUUUAGUUUUUUUGGAGUUGUGAUAGAAGAAGCUGCAUUUGGAGUCAUGACUUGGACUCAGAUUGAUAUACAGGAAGCAGUAAACUAGGCACUAAAGUAGGCUACAACUUCUACAAAGGAUUGUGAGGUAUUGCUGAUAAGAACACAUUUUGAUAAUUAAGACAUCAAAAUUGAAAAUAAAAUAAAAAUUGCAUUACCAAAAUUCCAGUAUUGAAAGUCAAAUGAUUUAAUAAAACCCUGUAUAUGCUGAAAAGCUUGAUAGUUGUUGUGUUAUUUACAGUAGGUCUAUCAAACAAUCUUUUUUUGCAAUUAAUCUCAGAAAUUUUGUAGCUCAUUGCAAUUGAUUGCAGUUCUUUUUGCUACAUUUUGAAAUCCCAUUUGCAUCUUAAACUGCUCUUAAUUAAUUUAGAUUUAUUGUACUGUCUUAAACCAGGGGUCAGUGACUUCCUGUUUGGAUACAGACCUGCUUUUAUUUUAAAAGGAAAUAAGGUAAUUUAGGUAGCUCUUACAGCAUGAACUUAAGCAUAGAAAAAGGAACUUGUGAUGGAUUGAAAUGGAAGUGAGGAAAUUAUGAAAGUCAAAUGUUGGUUAGUGCAAGAUGCAGAUGACUUGUGACCUGUCCUCUGAGUGUCUGUGAGGGCUUUUUUUUUUUUUUUGGGAAAUGAUACAACAAAAUAAUACAGUACAGUGCUGUGGAUGCAAGGAGACUUUGCAGUGAUUUAACAGGAAGAAUUCCAUUCAAGUUUAAAUUAAGUGCACUAAUUUUGGCCCUUAAUUAUUCACAAUAAUGCUUUGGCCCUGACAGUUAUCUCACUAAACUACAUAUAAGUUCCAUUCCACCAGCUAAUCCAGACAGAAUCUUAUUUCAUCUGUCUUAUUUUAAGUGUAAAACUGAGGCCUGAAUUAACUGCUAAUUGCUUGUAGUGAGUGAACAUAUCUGCCAAUGCAGCUAGCCUCAGAUAUCACAGUGUAUUUGCAUUAAACGAGCCAAGUUAUCCACUUAUCCAUUUGAUUUAGUUAAAGCUACAGCGUCAUUAAUUUAUAUUUAUGUUCACAUUAGCUUUAGAGUUGUUAUUUACAGAGCAGGAUGGAUUUUGUUGGUGUCUUUAUUCUCUUUCCACUGUACAUCUCAAAGAGUCAGCAUGGCAUAUAUUCAUCUGUGUAUAUACACCAUUAAAACAUGAUAAUGCCAGCUCUAUUUAUGUCAAGUAAGACUUUAAGCAAGCUUUAAUGUUUCUGCGAUGAUUUACAGCAUCAUUUUGAUAUCAAGCAGCUGCAGAAAAGGUCAAAUCCUAAUUUAUUCCAUUGAUUUUUUCUUUUUUACAUUUCCUCCAUAAACCACACUGUUGUAUUGAUGUGUUAAUGCAUGUUAUUUAUGCAGGACACUGACAGAAUGCAAACAUUUCUUUAUUUAGUCGAUAAAAGCUGUGAUGGUAGAAAACAAGAUAUUGUGUCUAGAUAUUUAUCAAACAAUGCUAUAUUGUCACAUUUAUAUUGUCAUGUCAUAUCUGUGACUAUCAGAAUAAAGUGAAGU